AUGUGUGUCACAUGUGUAUUUGACGAAGUGGAGGUUUAUGAGAAGAUCCCCUCAGAUCUUAGCAUAGAUGCAGAAAAAGCCAAAGGGAUAGUGAAGGAGCAUGCGAAGAGCAUACUAGCAAAUUCAUUGGUUCAAGCUAUUGCACUGCUCAGACAGAAGAACCACGAUGGAGUGAUGCCCUUAUACUGUGUGUAUCUAAAGAGCAUCCCAAAACUAGAGAAGUUUGCACUGUUACAAUAUCUCCUCUGCAUCUGUUAUGUUAUUGCCUCUAUACUAAGGACAUUCUUCAAUAGUUAA